AUGGCUUUCCUGGUCGCCGGGACCUUGCAGGCAGCUGCACAGGUGGUGGACUCGCAGGACAGCCUGGGGAGAAAGGGGAAGUACAGCCUGCAGGGCCCCAGGGCGGCCCUGCUGCUCAGCAGUCCUGGGGUGCCGGCCGGGAUCCCCCAGCUCCUGGAGGAUGCCUUCCGAGCGCUUGGCUUCCACAGCUGCCGGAGGAGGGAGGCCGAGGCGCAGGCUUUCCUGGGGGAGCUGGCGGGGUUCCGGGAGCAGCUGGAUGCCCAAGGUCGCCCCGUGGGCUGUGCCCUGGUGGCCGUGGUGGCUCCCGCAGGGCAGCUGCAGCAACCGCAAUCGCUGGCUUGGGAGCUGAGCUACUCUACUGCCCUGCGGGGCUGUCCCAAGGUCCUGCUGCUGCUGUCCAGCACUCCUGGGGCACCCCUGCAACCUGGCGCCUUCCCCAGCAUCCUAGCCGAGCUGUGUGGCCUCACCCCUCAGCUGCCUCUGCUGCGGCUCCUCACAGAGGUCUUCUUGAGGGUGACUGAGGCAUCCCCGGGGGCCACCAGCUGUCCUGUGCUCCGGAGCUCUUUGCGGGGGUCACUGUGUCUGCAGGAGGUGGAGCCCUGGAAGCCAGAGCCAGAAGGCCUUGGGGUCCGGUACGAGCUGGCAGGAGCCAGGGCUGCCCUCAUCGUGGCGGUGGUGCGGGGCCGGCCUGGGGCCUGGUGUGAUGUGGAGGCACUAAGGGGUCUGUGCCAGGCCCUGGGCUUCCAGACCACUGUGAGGACAGACGCCACAGCACAGGUGAGGGCCUCAGAUCUGGUGGCACUGCAGGAAGGACAGACACAUCCUGGUCCAGCCUGUGCUCGCUGCCGUGACCUCUUCCCUGCCCCUGGCUCCCGGCACCCUCAGACUCUCUGA